ACCGAUCUCGGGCACGAACUGAUUGGGGUCGAUUCUGAGCCUCACUACCACACCCGCCUCUUUUCACCUCUCACCGAUAGAUUUUCCUUUUCCUAGCCCUGCUAAAUUCCCUACCGUCCACCAGCGACUCAAUUGGAUUGAGAAGCAUCCGAACCCAUGAUUCCUUCCACUUCCACGGUGGCGCGCGCCGGCGCCCGCCAACUCCUUCGACGAUCUGCGUCCGUGGCUCCUCCGAGCCCCAGCCCAAUUGUCCUCGGCCGAAACCACAGCAUCAACAACGCCCGUAACCUCUCGACGGCGAGGACGCUGGCCGUCGCGUCGGCUCGCCUUUGCACGCCAUCCACACCGGUGCGCCAGCAACGACAGGGCUACGCUACCACUACGAACCCCAACCCCCCGCUCGACAAGAAGAAUGCCUCGAAUGACGUCCCGUCCCGCAUCGCCCUGAUUGGCGCCCGUGGAUACACCGGUCAGGCUCUGAUCGACCUCUUCGAAGCCCACCCCUACAUGGACCUGCGCCAUGUGUCGUCACGAGAGCUCGCCGGCAAGGAGCUUGAGCGAUACACCAAGCGCAAGGUCAUCUACGAACACCUGACGCCCGAGGAUGCUGCCCAGCUCGACGCCAAGGGCGAGGUCGACUGCUGGGUCAUGGCCCUGCCCAACGGCGUGUGCAAGCCCUACGUCGAUGCUAUCAACGAAUCGCAGAAGGGCAAGAGCGGCGGCAGCGUCAUUGUCGACCUCUCUGCCGACUAUCGCUUCGACAAGGAGUGGGCCUAUGGACUUCCCGAGCUCACCAAGCGCUCCGACAUUUUCCCGUCCACCCGCAUCUCCAACCCCGGAUGCUACGCCACGGCCGCCCAGCUCGGCAUCGCGCCUCUGGUCGAGCACCUCGCCGGGGAGCCUGUCGUCUUUGGCGUCUCGGGCUACUCGGGCGCCGGCACGAAGCCGUCCCCCAAGAACGACGUCAACCUGCUGAAGGACAACCUCAUCCCCUACAGUCUGACGGGCCACGUCCACGAGCGGGAGAUCAGCCACCACCUCGGCACCUCUGUUGCCUUUAUCCCCCACGUCGCCAGCUGGUUCCGCUCCAUCCACCUCACCAUCAACAUCACCCUCAACAAGACCAUGACCUCGCGCGACAUCCGCCAGCUGUACCAGGACCGCUAUGCCGGCGAGAAGCUCGUCAAGGUCGUGGGCGAGGCGCCCCUCGUGCGAUCCGUGUCCUCGCUGCACCACUGCGAGAUUGGAGGCUUCGCCGUCGACAACACCGGCAAGCGUGUCGUCAUCUGCGUCUCCAUGGACAACCUUAACAAGGGAGCUGCUACCCAGUGCCUGCAGAACAUGAACCUUGCGCUCGGUUACGCGGAGUACCAGGGCAUCCCCAAUGUGUAGCGGCACCACGUGCAGGCGUCAAGUCAAGUAGACGGUUUUUGUUUUCGACGGGAUCUGGCUCUGAUAUCCCCUCAAAAGUUUGGCUCACUGUGGAGGAACUUUUGUUGUACAUACUUCGGCGGUCUUCCAAUCAUCCUCAUCCACCUUUUCGUCUUCUCCU